CUCCACCUCGUUCUCCGAGGCCUCACCGCCCUGCCCCGCCAGGCUGACCUGCGUGGAGCUCGGCUCUGAGGCGCUCUUCUUCCGCCACUUGACAUGGCUACACUCUUAGACUGAGCCAGACAGCCGACCAAUGAAAACCUCAGGAAUGACAGGGAUUCUUUCCUGUAGAGGGCGACAGAGCGCUGUAAACGCCGAUCCAUGAUUACAGAGCAGACACCAGGAAUUGCAAAGUUAAAGGAUUAUUCAGACGAGAGCGAAACUCUGAGGACACAAGAAAAACACAGACUAACUCUUCAAGAUGAUGACGAGGAGCGUCAAUAGGAACUCUGACGUUCUGCCAGUGCAGGCACAUAGGUGCGGCUGGGGCUGCCUCGGUCCUCUCACCUUCCACAGCUCGGCUAUGGGCGAAAGGAUCCACCUGAGUCAGGGCUGCCGCCUGGCAGAGAGGAAGGGGGAAACGUUCAAGAACGGCCUGGUGUUCAGCAGCCGCACAGUGAAGCCCAUGGAGAAGAUCCGUCUGCGGGUGGAGGAGGAUGUGGUGAACUGGCACGGAGCUCUGCGUGUGGGCUUCACUAAUGUCUCACCUUCCUCCAGAUCUUUGCCUCUCCCCAGCAUGGCCAUGCCCGAUCUGACCAACACCCCCGGACACUGGGCUGCUGUUCUUCAGGAGUCCUUGUGCAUCGAAGGUUCAGAGCUAGAAUUCUGGUUCUCCUCUAAGGGCAAAAUCUACGUCUCUGGACGCAACUGCAGCAAACACAAGCUGGUGGAAGGGGUGGACCUCAGCAAGCCGCUGUGGGCCAUGAUCGAUGUCUACGGAAAAACGCGCUCCAUCUUCCUACUGGGCUCAAAGAAAGACUCAUGGUCUGGGACAAAAACCUCCUGUCCUGCACCUGCACGCAUCACUCCACCUGAUGACUGCAAAUUCUACAGUUCAGACUCCAACAUUAAAGAAAGCAUCUCUUUACUAAAAACAGACAACCAGACAGGGUCAUCCAUGAGCUCGGCAGCUGCCCGCUAUGCCGAUAUCCCGUCAAACUUUGAUUGGAGGAGAGGACGAUGUGAGGAUAACUCAAUCACCAGAGUACAAGCUAUACUGAGUGACAGCAACAAGAAAACGCUAUGAGCUCAAACAAGCACUUUAUUAAGAUGUGAACAUGUUUUUCAAUGUGUAAAUACUGUACAGACGUGUGAGAUAAAAUGUGAAAUGUUAAAGUGAAGGUGAAGGUUUAUUUACAUGAUGUGAAAGAAAUAGGGAAGCAAGAGAAAAAGGAAAAAUGCACUUAUCCUUUGAAUCUGUAAAGGAAAUGAAGGAAAUCUGUCCUUGUAUA